UCCCCUUCCCCCUCCAUUUAUCUACCUCCUCCCAACCCCGCGUCUCCCUCCCUCCCUCACAACCUCCAUUGCUGCGUGCUCCCUUCCUCCUCUCUAACCAAGCACCUCCUCUUGCGCUGCGGGUGCUGGCUACCUAGAGGUGGCGUGCUGGAUGGUCGCUGAGGCGGUCGGGUUCAUGAUGUCCCGCGCGGCGGACGGCGGCACCAUGGCGCCGGAGCUCGUCACCCGGGACUUCCUCGGCGGCUGCCAGGCGCCCGCCCCCGGCGAUGACCCCAGGCACGACGCGGCCGCCCGGCACGACUCCGUCAUGCCCGGCAAGCCACCGCUGCAGAAGCACCGGAGCCCGCCGCCGUCGGCCAGGGGGGACCUCAACCUCUUCCCCGCCUCCGGCGCCGCCAUGGCGCCACUGCCGACGAUGGCGCCGGCGGCGGACUGCGCCGCCACCACCACGUACCACAGCGUGUGCACGAUCGAGAAGGUCAAGACCGCGCUGGAGCGGUUCGAGCGCGGGAAGCAGGGGCAGGGGCAGCACCACCACCAGCAGCAGCACAGCGGCGCGGGCGCGACCGCGGGCGCCUCCCCGUCCUCCUCCUCGGUCACCACGUCCUCCGUCAAGCGCCGCGGGGACGCCGGCGCCGUGGAGCAGGGCGACGGCUGCGACUCCCCGUCCGCGGGCGGGGGCAUGGUGGCCGCCGCAUGCCCGCGCUGCUUCCUCUACGUGCUCAUCGCCCGGAGCGACCCCCGCUGCCCGCGCUGCGAGUCGCACGUGCCGCCACCCCCGGCCCCGGCGCCCAAGAAGAAGCCGCGGAUCGACCUCAACGUCGGCUUCCUCGGAACCUAGCCAUGCCAAGCCAAGAAGAAGUAGGUCAAGAUGGUUGUCGUCCGUCCUCGUCCUCGUCCUCGUCCUCGGCGCGUUAGGUAGGCAGCAGGCCUCCGGUGCUCGGAUUGGCCACGACGACGCCAUUGUUUUUCUGAUGCCACCGACGGAUUCCGGUACAUAGGGGAGGCGCUCCAGAUUUUUGCUUGUCCAUUUCCAAGUAUGGCCGGCCGUCCGUCCGUCCGUCCCCGAUUCUGUCAUGUCAGAUCAAUCAAACACUCGACAGAACAUGAAUGAAUGAAACUACUAUUCCUACUGGUA